AUGUGCUCGGCGUACCCCUUGCGGCCUCCUCCCACACCGCCGUGCUCUCUGCUCACCUUGUGGAGGACGGCCUGUCAGACACCUCCAUUACCCGUUCUUCACCCGCUCUUCACCUGGCCGCUGCGUAGAAUGCGGAGGCGCUUACAGGGUCAACCCCCACCCUCUCUCUCCUCAGGACCCCCUCCCUGUGGCCCACUUUCUCCACAGCAAUCACCCUUGCUCAGUGCUCAUUACAGUGUGAGGACCAAACGCAGCAGACUUCAACGGCCCACAUCAGGUCAAGGACUCUUCAAAGUCUAA